AUGUCUUUUCCCCACAUUUUUCAGCUCGCGGACCGAGGCGGAUCCUCCGCAUUUAGGGCUUUUUCAGCCGGACCGAGGUCAUCGAUUCUUAUGGUGACUCCUAGUCUCACCUUGAGCAAUCUGAUCGCAAUGAUGGCACCAGCAGUUCGAAUCGUGGAAGUAGGCCCUCGAGAUGGUCUCCAAAAUAUCCGAGACACAAUACCCACAUCGACCAAGUUGGAGCUGAUACAACGGCUUCAUCAAACUGGUUUGCAGACCAUUGAGCUGACGUCUGUGGUCUCGCCCAAGGCGAUUCCUCAACUCGCGGAUUGUCGAGAAGUCCUUAGUAAUACAGAUACCAAAGCACUCUUGGAUGACUCGCAGCUUCGGCUUCCGGUGCUAGUCCCUAAUGUGAAGGGACUCGAAAUUGCCAAGCAGCAUGGCGUGCGAGAAAUUGCCGUCUUUAUCAGUGCCACGGAGGGCUUUAGUAAAGCCAAUAUCAACUGUACUGUUGCCCAGGCGAUUGAACGAAGUACCCAGCUAGCAUCGCUGGCGAAAGCGUCUCAUAUCGCUGUUAGAGGAUACGUCUCCUGCAUAUUUGCGGACCCCUUUGAUGGUCCAACUCCACUACCAGCCGUCCUCCGCUGUGUGAGAGCUCUCCUAGACGCUGGCUGCUACGAAGUCAGCUUAGGCGACACCUUAGGAACCGGCUCCCCGGCGAAUGUCCGCGAGCUUAUCAGCUAUCUAAUUUCUAAUGAUAUCCCUGUCGAAAAGCUAGCAGGUCAUUUCCACGAUACAUAUGGCCAAGCAGUUGCGAAUGUAUGGGAGGCCUUCAAUAACGGCAUCCGCGUUUUUGACAGCAGCGUCGCCGGUCUGGGCGGAUGCCCAUUUGCACCAGGGGCAAAGGGUAAUGUCGCCUCUGAAGACCUGGUAUACAUGUUCCACAAUGUAGGGAUCUCGACCGGAGUCGAUCUGUCCAAGCUAGUUGAGACGGGUCAUUGGGUGUGCAAGAAGCUCGGUAAGAGCAACUCAAGUCGAGCCGGGACGGCUUUGGCGACCAAAUCACCGGCGAAACCAAAGGCAUCUCAACUCAGCUGGACUUUGCUGAACGAAACCAAAGGCCUGCAACUGUUCCGAUCGGGUGUUAAUUUGAAGAUCGUGCUCAACAGACCAAAGAACGGAAACACGCUGACGACGACCAUGAUCUCCGAUCUAACAAGGGCUAUCUCAAACGCAAGUGCGGAUUCCCUGGUUUCUCGCAUCGUCAUAACAGCCAAGGGCAAAUUCUUCUGCACGGGAAUGGAUCUCGGGAAAGGAAGCACGGCCGUCGGGGAAGACUCGAGCAACGCCCAAUUCACAAGGUUGACGAACCUCUUCGAAGUCAUUGAUCAAUGUCCCAAAGUGACGAUUGCUGCUGUGAAUGGACCUGCUUUUGGGGGUGGGGUCGGGCUUGCGUUGGUGUGUGAUUUGCGAAUUUUCACACAGGCAGCAAAUCUCACGCUAAGCGAGGUCAAGCUUGGCCUUUGUCCGGCGACGAUAUCGAAGUAUGUGACUCGGGAGCUUGGGGUGGCCUUUGCCCGGGAAGUGAUGCUUUCUGCUCGAGUAAUCACUCCGGUGGAGUUGAAACGCCUGGGUAUUGUUGCUGAGAUUACGGCGAAUGAGGAACUAGAGAGGAGCGUUGACACUCUCUUGGUUAAGCUGAAGGCUGCUUCGUCGAAUGCCUCGCGCAUGUCUAAGGAAUUGGUUAGACUUGCCUGGGCCCACGGGGGAAAGGAGAAACAAGCUUCUGGUAUCAAGGCACUGUUUGGAGAAAUGAUGAGACCAGAUGCAGAUGGUGCUUAUGGCGUUAGAGAGUUUCAGGCAAAGAGAAAGGUCGAUUGGGAUGUGUACGUGGAACGGAAGGUGAAAUUGUGA